GUUUGAUCCUCCGGCUCUUUGCAUUCAAAUACUAUCCGAUCAUCAAGACUUCUCGGUUUCUCCAUCAAUCUAUCAACCAAGCACUUGAAAGCAACUCGGGAACCGCAAACAUGUCGCCCUCCGCACUCGCCGCAAUUCCCACAUACAGUAUCGCCACCAUCCCCGCAGAUGGUAUCGGCCCGGAGGUCGUUGAGGCUGGUGUUGAAGUGCUCAAAGCCCUGAGUCAGAAGCUUGCGACAUUCAGGAUUACCUUUGAGAACUUCGACUGGAGCAGCGAGACUUACAAGAAGACGGGCAAAUACAUCCCUGAUGGCGGCCUCGAGCAACUGAAGAAGCACGAUGCCAUCCUCUUCGGUGCCGUCGGAGCGCCUGACGUUCCGGAUCAUAUCUCUCUGUGGGGACUGAGACUUGCCAUCUGUCAGCCGUUCCAGCAGUAUGCCAACGUUCGCCCAACUCGUAUUUUCCGUGGAACUCAAUCUCCCCUUCGCAACGCCAACAUUGGCGAUCUCGAUUGGGUCAUUGUUCGCGAGAACAGUGAAGGAGAGUACGCUGGUCAAGGUGGUCGUUCUCACCGUGGCAAGGCUUGGGAGGUUGCCACCGAAACUUCCAUCUUCAGUAGGCACGGUGUUGAGCGCAUCAUCCGCUUUGCCUUUGAGACUGCUCAGAAGCGCCCUCGUAAGAUGUUGACAGUCGUCACCAAGAGCAAUGCCCAGAGAAACGGCAUGGUCAUGUGGGACGAGGUUGCCCACGAGGUUGCUCAGGACUUUCCUGAUGUCAAGGUCGACAAGAUGCUCGUCGACGCCAUGACUGUGCGCAUGGUCAUGAAGCCCGGAUCUCUUGAUACCAUUGUCGCCACCAACUUGCACGCCGAUAUCUUGUCAGAUCUCGCUGCCGCCUUGGCCGGAUCUAUUGGUAUCGCACCCACGUCCAACUUGGACCCCAGUCGCGAAAACCCUAGUAUGUUCGAGCCCAUCCAUGGCUCUGCAUUCGACAUCACGGGCAUGGGAAUCUCGAACCCAGUCGCCACAUUCUGGUCUGCGGCUGAGAUGCUCGAGUGGAUCGGCGAAGCAGAUGCAGCCAGACAACUGAUUGAGGCUGUAGAGAAGGUCUGCGAAAGGGGUGUAGUGACUGCCGAUCUUGGUGGCAAAGCAAACACCAAAGAUGUCACUGCUGCCGUCUGUGAGGAGAUCGAGAAGAUUGCUCUCAAGAAGAUCUGAGCAUAACUUUGCUGUGCAAUGUAUACAACGACGUUCAAGCCUUUGACCUUGAUUCCAGCUUAUUUCGUCUUGAUGGAAACUAAUGCGAUCAUUGCGAUGGGGUGUGACUGCUGAUGAAUGACACAUGCUUUCGAGAUUUUCUAUUCUCGGACUCAUUCAGCCCCACAUGUCCCAUGUUCAGCGCAUGUUGCGGGUCUUCCAGGCGCGAGGGGACGCCACAAACACCAUUAUUUUUCAUGAAAUACGCUCAGCCAGAUGGAUUUGACGCGUUUCGAUUGCCUGGAUGUCCGGCACCAGCAAGCUCACAUGUACGAGGGAGUCAAGUGGCGUACGCCGAGCGCUAGUGUCUGUAUGACAUUCAAUCGCUAUGUACCUCCCAUAUUGAACUCAUGAUCAGAUCGCCCGCUCUAAACUUCCCAGCUUCUCAUGUGUAGCGAAGUCGAGUGGCCAAGCUGUAGACUAGAGCCAUAAUAUCGGUC